GUCCCGCCCGCCCACUUGCGCGGCACGCACGCGUACGCCUUGGUUUCUGCCUCGCGUUGCCGUGGGGGCGGGGACGGGCUGUGAUAAAGCUUGGGCGUUGUGUUGCUAAGCAACCCGAUCCGGACCGUGGCGACAGGAGCAGUCCACCAAACAGGUACAGCACUAGUGGGGGCAUUCCCUAUGAUCUCCAACAACAUAACUCAGCUUUAACCUGAAGAGACCACCUCCAGGAAGGAAUAGUUCAUUGUCCAUGACCUUUGCAAUCGUUGACCUCAUUACUGAGCCUGUCAAAACCUCCGGGAGAUAGAGCCUGAUUCCAGGAGACUCCCGGCAAAAUUGGCAACCUAUAUCGAAACACAGAGUACAGGUCAGGAGUGGAGAAAUAUACCUGAAAGUCAUCAGCAAAAAGAGAAUUCAACUCAGUGAGCACAUGAAUUCAGCGAAGGAUAGGAACAAGAGGAGAAGGCUCAGAACAGAGACCUAGGGUACCCAAAUUGAGAAGGGGGGAAAGAGAGGACUAUGAUUGACCAACAGAUGUUGAAGUAGCUUCCAGAGAAAACUACAAGAUAUUACAAAAUAUGCUGUCAAUUGUCCCUGUCAAUGGAGCAUCAUUAUUCUGUUUUGAAGACAAGUAGUUCAUCAGUGACUUCAGUUCACAGUUCUGAAAACAACUACAAGGUGCACAAGUCAUAUUUUAUGCUAAAAGAAGGCAGUUUCUCCAAACGAGAUACUUUAGCUGUUACUGCAGUUGCUUUACAAGAUCAUAUUUUACAUAACCUUCAGCUCCAGGAUCUUUCAUUAGCAGAUCCUUUUAAGUCAAAGUUGAGGAAUAAAAAGAACAUUUACAAACCUGUGAACAGAGAGAUGGUCACAGCAGUAGUAGAUACUGGACUAAGAAAAAAGAGCAUUCUCCACACAAAAAAGGAAGAUCCAGAAAAAGAAUAUGUCCUUGAUCCUAAUCCUCCACAACUAACGUUAGCUCAGAAACUGGGCUUAGUUGAGCCUCCUUCCUUGCCACUAACAGCAGAAGAAUGGGAUAAAGUAAAGCAAAGAUCUGUAAAACAGGGAGAUUCUGUGCAACCUUGUGCAAUAUGUAGGGAAGAAUUUGCACUUCAACCACAGGUGCUGCUUUCAUGUUCCCAUGUAUUUCACAAAGCAUGCCUGAAAGCUUUUGAAAAGUUUGCAGGUAAAAAGACCUGUCCUUUGUGUAGAAAGAAGCAAUAUCAGACCAGAGUAAUACAUGAUGGGGCGCGUCUGUUUAAAAUAAAGUGUAUUACGAGAAUCCAAGCUUUCUGGAGAGGGUAUAUUGUUAGAAAAUGGUAUAAAAAAUUGAGAAAAACAGUACCUCCGCAAGAUAGCAAAUUAAGAAAAAAAUUCUUUGAAGCAAAGUUUCAGGAGAUCAGCAAUCGGUUAUUGAGUUCUUACGACACAAACAUAGAUGAGUUUUUUUCUGAAAUUGAUUCUUCUAUAGCUGCAAGUCGAAAUGUGCUUCAACAGUUGGAGGAAAAAUUUGCCCCGUUAAUAAGCGAAACAGAAUGGGAGAAAAUACAGAUGCAGGCAUUUCGGCAAGAGAUAUUUGACUGCCCUAUUUGCAUUAUGCCACUCCGUCAUAUCACUCAUCCUCCAAGUGUCUUUUCUGAGAACAGCAAUAAUCGAUAUUCACGCCAGACUGUUCUGCUCUCUUGUUCACAUAUGUUUCAUCAGACUUGUCUUCAAGCAUUUGAAGAGUUUUCCUUGGGAGAAAGACUUGUUUGUCCCUUAUGUCGCUCUUGUUAUCAAAAGAAAAUUCUUGAAUGUUGAUAUAAACAUGUAAACAGUCCAGAAUGAGCUGCAUAAUCGAAUUUCUAAUUGGUUUAAUGAUAGACAACCUCACAGGAGAUUAGAUCCUUGUCAGAUCCAGUGUGAGAAAAAACACUUCUCUAUGGAUGCUGAUGCUGAUAUUAUAGAAAUAAAAGUUAAAUGGGCAUUGUGCUACCAUUUCUCUGACUUGUUGCUUCUCCUUGCUCUCCACAUUCUUACCUGUCUUCUACUCCCUUUGCUUUCCUCAUGUUCUGUUUUCCCUCCCUGGUCUUCUUCUUCCUUUAACCUCCUCCCUCUCAGAGACAUACUACCCUCUCCCUCUCAUCCCAGGAUCCCUUUCUCUUUUCCCUCUCCGAGAACUCUUCCCUUUGACUCCUUUCUUCAUUCAGUGGAUUCCGUCUACAUACUCUCCAGUGGAGUUACUCCUGUUGAACACCAGGAAAAGACAGAUUCCCUUGAUAGCAGUGCCCAGGCAGUUGGAAAUGCCACUGAGGAGUGUGGAAGGAGAUGCAUUACUUCUUCAGCUCCUUUUAGUAGCUGAAUGCAGCUGGACUGGCUCCUCUCCUUUAAUGGCUGGAAGCCACAUUACAAGCUCUACUAUAGGCAAAAUAGCCCUACUGCAAAUGUGGCUGAGUCGUCCCCAUAAAGGAACAAAAUGGUUCAGGAACUUGACCAACUAGUAUCGUCUAGGUUUAGAAGAGACCAAAAUGCAUUUAAAACCUUUCAGUUGUGGACUGUUACUCUUGAACUUUGAGUUAAGGCCUAAAAUCCCUUGAUUGAUACCAUGCACCCAGGAGAGCCUGAAAGCUAAACUUUUGUUAAAAUGUUUCAGAUGCUUUAGGAAACUGACUCACAAUUACCGAAAAUGCUCAUAGACUGGCCAUAUUUAAAUUAGAAUUGUUUUGUGUCAAAGAUUACCGAAAACUACUAUUGAUAGCCUGUGUGUUUUUCCAUUAACUAAAAACUAAAAUUAGGAUACAGGCAUGUUAAAGGUGCGGGUUUGCUUUGUGAUGGUUUUGCUGUAUGUCUGUCCUUUGCUUUAUUUGUGCUCCAUGUUUUGGUCCAAGGGGUGUAACGCCUACUGAACCUAUCAGGAUCUCUGCUACUCCCCUAUGAUACUCUGAAUUUCAACAAAUGGCUUGUGUUUGAUGCUCUCAAGCUCUAUGCACACAUUAAGCCACCCUCCUACAAUAUAUUAUAGAGGAGUAAAUUGUGAGGCAUGGAGCAACAUCUUACAAAGACUCAAAAGUCCAUUGUUUAUUUUUAAUACAAAUGUUGACCAAAAAAGCACAUUGUAAAUCAAUCACAGUUUGACUUUAUUGAAAACAGAGUUUAAAAAAAUCUUGCUAAAAACACACAAAUUGUGACAUUUCAAAUAAAGCAAAAAGAUACCAAAUCUACUCCUUUUCACUACUGCACUGUGAAAUUCAAACCAUCUAAAAAGGCAGUUGUUUUCAUAUAGUUUUGUAACACUGCAAGGUAACCACAAUUGAAAAUUUUAUAAAAGCACACGUUUUCAAAUGACCUAAAUUAAAUUAACCUCAAGGAUUGGGUGGGGAGGAUGUGUCUGCUACAGAUUGGUAACAAUUACUUUAGUGCUAAAAACAUUUUUCAGCCAUAUUUUGCUUUCAAGAUACAAGAAUGCCCACAUACAAAAGUUUUUAGUUAACUAAAUUUCUGCAAAGACGGACCUAAAUUGGUAAUAUUGGAAUGAAAGAGCCUGAACCUGCAUGAGGAAAAAUGCCCACUAGCUGAACCUGUACUAGACGUUUUUUUUAAUGUCAUUGCACUACCAUCAGUGCGUAUAUAUGGUCCCUAAUGCAGAAAAGGUGGUAUUUCUAUGACCAUCUCAUCUAACCCUCCUCAAAACAUGUCUAGACAAUGUUAUAAGAAUGCUAAGCCUUGGGUAUACUCCCACUCAUGGUAGUGCAACUGGGAUUUUGCUGUUUAAAAAAGCUUAGCAUAGACAAGCCCAUUGAGUUCAAUGGGUGUUUUGCCUGAGUUGGGAAUGCAGGAUUAGGCCCCAAAUCAUUCUUGCAUAUAGAGGAACCUGUAUUUUUAGUUUGUGUAUAUGUAUUGCUGUAUUGGUCACAGGCUACAAUUUUAAAUCCACAAUCCUAACAUAUCUUCAUUUUCUAAAUUUCUAUACCAAUUGGUACCAGAUCAGACAAAAUAUUUUAAGGUUACCUUUAAAAACUGGGAAAUGGUUGCAUUUUUUGUUCACAACUUUUUAAUUGUACUUGAAACCGGAAGAUUUUGUGUAACUUUUCUAAACUGGGAAAAUGCAUUAGUGUUAGAAAGCAUGUUUCAAAUAGCAUGAUGUUAAACAGAAUUUUGCCCAUAAGCUUUUUAGCAUGAGCAUCUUAUCCGCACUAAAAGCAAUGUCAUGUUUAACCUCAUGCUGUCUGAAAUGUGUUAGUCUGCAUGUUUUCUAAAUUUUCUCCAACAGAGACAAAGGCCAAACUGCACACACACAGAGCAUCACUCACGUUUUGGCUUCUAAUGGGUAAUUAAGGGAACACAACUACAACACAGACAAAGUACAGAAUAAAACCCUUCAUUUCUUGGUGCCAUAAUAUGUUUGGCUUGGUAAUCACAACUAUAAAGAGCUGCUAUAUAUUGAUGCACCAACAGAUUCAUUUUUUAUCUCCAGUGAGAUGAGGCAUAUUCAUUAAAAAAGUGACCAGUCUUUAUUUUAAUGGAAUUCUGUGGUGACACUGAAUGACCAGAGUGUACUGGUAUUUCCAUAAUAUAAAUACUUGUGCUAAGAAACCUCAUAUGGGACUACUGGGGGAGCAGACGGGUAUUAAAUAAAAUGCAAAGCUGAUGUCCUGAGCUUUCAUUCCUUGAAGCAAAUGGAAGUGAUGGGUGCCUGGGGUAUGUAGGCAGGAGUCCUAAUCAUGAAGAAAACCUUAUAAUUACCUUUAAAAGGUGACUUUGUGUACAAAUUAUAUUUAAUGAAAGAAAUAGAAGAGCAGCAUGUUGAGAUGAUUGGUACAAAUAUCUAGAAAUACACAAUUAUGUAUUAUUUAAAGACAUUUGAUAUAGAUACACACACAUUUUACAAACUUCUCUGUAGACAUCUGAACCAUUUUCAAAAAUUGGGGUUUCAUAACAAAGUUUCAGUUUUGAUCUGAUACAACUUUUAGCUCCCUCUGGUGCAAGUAUAUUGGGCUGAGAUCAUCAGCAUUUACUGAUAUUACAUUUGUUGAAGGAUUUCUCUUUUAUUACC